AUGCUCCGAGUCUGGAGAAUCUCAGGGGAAGAGCUGGCAGCCGUCAAUGCACAGGAGGUCAGUGACGUCAGGGACCUCAAGAAGAUUCUGCGAAAGCUGCAUGGCUUCCCAAUGUGCAUUCAAAAGCUGCUGCACGACGGCAAAGCCCUGGAUAGCUCGACCAAGCUUGACAAUCCCAUUGACAUGCAGCUAGUGCUGCUAUCCUUAUCUAGCCUUGCUCAACAGGAAGAGGCUGCAAACGAGUUGACUGCCUAUGCAUGCGAGCAUGGCCAUGUGGAUUGUGCACGGAUGCUGUUGGAAGCCGGAGCCAAGCCGGAUCUCAAGGAUGAGUUUGGCGACACCCCUCUCAUGUGCGCAGUUCAAAAUGAUCAUGUGGAGAUUGCACGCCUGCUUUUAGAAUCUGGUGCCGACAAGGACUUGCAAGACAAGUACGGCAAAACUGCUCUCAUGUAUGCAGUUCGCCAUGACCACCUUGAAAUCGCCAAGUUGCUAUUGCAGGCUGGUGCGGACAAGGACUUGCAGGGAAAGCAUGGCAUGACGGCUCUCAUGUGUGCAGCCCGGAACGGCAACGCGAACACAGUGCAUUUGCUGUUGACUGCUGGUUCCAACAAGGACAUACAAGAUCGGUGCGGCAAAACAGCCCUUAUGCAUGCAGCUCGUAAUGACCAUGUUGAGAUUGCAGGGCUUCUGUUAGAAGCUGGUGCCGACAAAGAUCUGCACGAUGAGUUUGGCGUUACGGCGCUCACGCGCGCAGCUUUAAACGGCCGAGUGGAGACAGCGCGUCUGCUGUUGGAAGCUGGUGCCAGCAAAGACCUGCAGGACAGGUCCGGCAAGAGCGCUCUUAUGCACGCAGCCCGGAAUGGUCACAUGGAUGCUGCUCGGUUGCUUCUGGAAGCCGGCGCCAGCAAAGUUUUGCGGGAUGACUCUGGGGAGACAGCACUCUUGUGUGCACUGAAUAAUGGCCACAAGGCAACUGCACGGUUGCUACUGGAAGCUGAAGAAGACAAGAGCUUGCAGGAGAAGUUAAGCUACACGGCUCCUAUGCAUGCACCCGACCCUGCAGAAGCCUUGUGCUCAAGCUGG